GCGCCUCUUCUAAAGCGUCGUCAGAUUCCACGCGCUAAUCCAUAACGCGAUCUCUUUAAAGCUCCACUUCAUGUUGUACCAUUUCUUCAGUUAUCAUUCAAUUUAGAAUACCUUGCAGCCGUUGAGUAACCACAAAGAUCUUGCUGUGUUGGAGAAAGCAAAGAAUUGGCGCGCUUUAUUAUACACUUUCUUUCCCUUCCUUGCUGCAAACCCUUUCCCUACCGAAGCAAAAUUCAAAGCAUUUGUUUUUUAUUCUCUGGAUCGAUCAUAAUGGGAUUCCCCUGGUUUUUUAACCGGAAAAACGCGCAGAUUGAAUCUCCCCGACGUCAAUCAGAGGGCAUUAACAAUUUCUCCUCCAAAUCUAGGCCGCGAAAAUCUUCGUCGCCGAAGAAAAUGUCAGGCCGUAAAGAACGGCAAAAUUCGAGCAGAGAUUGUAUUGUGAGGAUUCCUUGUUCGUUGCCGAGCGGCGAAGAGCUUCAGAAUGUGUUCAAUAAAUUUGACGCCAACGGUGACGGCAAAAUCUCUCCGUCGGAGCUGGGCCACGUCAUGCGUUCGCUGGGGCACGAUGCGACGGAGGAUGAGGUGCAGUUGAUGAUGGCAGAGGCUGACUCGGACGGAGAUGGUUACGUGGACUUGUCUGAAUUUGUUGCGCUCAAUACACGUGGCGUGGACAGUGCUGCGAGCCUGCGGGAUAUUAAAGAUGCUUUCAACAUGUUCGACAUCGACGGCAACGGAUCCAUCUCUGCAGAUGAACUCCACAAAAUUUUAAGGAGGCUGGGAGAGACUUCCAGUUUGGAUGAGUGUAAUCACAUGAUUCGAGGCGUGGAUGCUGACGGGGAUGGCCAGGUCAGCUUCGACGAAUUCCUUACAAUGAUGUCAAGUCCUGUUGCAGUGCAAGAUAAUUAACUCUGAUCUGCGUUUGUUGACAGACUGUGAGAAUGUCGGUUGUUUGAAAUUUGCCCAGAGAAAAUAUCAAAAGCGAAUUGCUUUGUUAAGCCAAGAAUUGUAGAUAUGGCAUUUGGUUCUCCCGCUGUGGUGGUUGUAAAUAUCGAGUGGUUGUUUUAUUCAUGAUUCUUUAUUUUUAUUGUGAUUAUAGAAGGUAUUCUGUAUCACCGAAUACAUUGAAUUCACUAUACAAAAAUAAGCUCUCAAUAUGAUAAAUUCUGAAUGUUUUAAUGCUUUCAUAACUAUAGUUUGUAAUGGACUUGG